AUGACGGAACAACACAUCGACCCCAGGCUACAAGAAGCAAGUCGUUAUCCGCAAGGACUACAACAUCCUCACACCCCAAUUGCAGCGACAACGAACGCUUCCCAAUCUCCUGGCAUCAAUACCAGUUUGCCACCACAACACAAUUACCCGUCACUACAGGAAUCGCAAUCGCACUUUCUGCCUCACACUCCCCAGUCAGCCGGCGGGGUACACAAUGGCGACGAUGAUAUAGGCGCAGAUGGGAGCGACACGAAGAGACCGCGGGCGUGCGAACAAUGUCGAAGUCUAAAGGUACGAUGUGAAUCAGACCUAAAUAGCCCAGAUGGGCCUUGUAAAAGAUGUGCCAAGGCAGGGCGUAAUUGUAUUGUAACGGCACCAAGUCGAAAGCGCCAAAAGAAAACGGAUAGUCGCGUCGCUGAAUUGGAAAAGAAGAUAGAAGCUUUAACGGCUUUGACAGCUGCUAUGAAGCAAAACCCUACUCCUGACGCGAAUGGUCUUAUUCAAGAGCCAAUGGGGGCGCCGGCUCGACCAACCCCAUAUCAGCAAGUCACAAAUGGCUCAUACAGUGGAAACUCCUUCGCUACUCCUUCUGCGGUUGAAUACGCUGGAUUUGCGAAGUCCGAAUUUGACUCGAAAAGUCCAUCCGUACCUCCAAUGGUCAUGGCCGGCCAAAAGAGGAAAGCUGGUCAUUCCGAUUACAUGACCGCUUCACCAAUGUUCCCGGCUCCCAGCAAGUCAGUUGAUAGCCCUAGUAGUCGAAACAUGUAUACCCCUAGCGACACUACAGUGGUGCCAAAACCAGCCCAAACCCAUGAAUAUGGGGAUGUUGUGGAUCGAAAUAUUGUUACCAUUGAUCAAGCGACAAAAAUGUUCAACUCCUACGUGGAUAAAAUGGCACCGCAUUUCCCAGCUGUGGUCUUUCCUAUGGGUACUACUGCUGGGGAGGUUCGAAAAUCUAAGCCUACAUUAUUUCUGGCUAUCCUUAGCGCUAGCUCUGGCAUGAACUAUCCUGAGUUGCAGCGAAAUCUGACAAAGGAGGUUAUGAGCAUAUAUGCUGAGCGUAUAAUUGUCAACGGUGAAAAGACGUUGGAAUUGAUUCAAGCGCUGCAUAUCAGUACUUUGUGGUACUGGCCGCCGGAGCACUUUGAAGAACUCAAAUUCUACCAACUAAUUCACAUUGCUGCUGUCAUGGCUAUUGAUAUUGGUAUGGGGAAGCGAAGUAAACCACAAAAGCCAAAAUUUGCGGGUCUAUGGAGAGACAACCCGUGGCGAAGAACACCAUACCCAGAGCCGGAAAGCGUAGAAGCAAGAAGGGCAUGGCUUGCCUGUUAUUUCCUGUGUUGCAAUGCAUCUAUGGGACUGCGCCGGCCAAACCUGAUUCGAUGGACACCGUUCAUGUCUGAUUGUGUUGAGUUUCUUGAAACGUCACCCGAAGCAGCACAAUCCGAUAAAGCGCUAUGUCAAUGGGUACGUAGCCAACAUAUCGCUGAGGAAGUGGGUACACAAUUCUCUAUGGAUGAUCCUCUUGCCACUGUGAACAUUGCAGACUCGAAAGUUCAAUAUGCAUUAAAAGGAUUCGAGAGAGAUCUGGAAAAGUGGAGCUCGCAGAUUCCUCCCGAGUAUCAAACAGCUGAUCUAAAAUUGACUGAGCACGUCGUCAACCUUUACACACAUGAAGUCGCGAUGCAUGUGGACCAUAAUGUCGAAGAAUUUAAACCACCAUUUACAGAGGAAAGCAUCCGUUCGUCCGUGAGCGAACGCAGCUCGGACAAACUUACCCCUGCGCAUAUCAGCGCUCUUUCUAGCUGUCUGAUGGCAAUUGACGGCAUUUUCGAAAACUUCUUCUCUUACGAUGUCGAAACCAUCCGCUGCCUACCUAUUUAUCUUUUCGUUCGUGUAGCGUACGCGGUCGUGGUGCUUAUCAAAAUGUACUUUGCUGCGGCUACUCCUAAUUCUGAACUUGGAAACGUCAUCAACAAAGAUAACAUGAAAGUUGAGCAAUAUCUAGAUACGUUAGUGGACAUCUUCAAAGCUUCAGCAGCAGAUGAGAAGUCGAGACCGUCGGCGAAGUUCUUGAUGGUUUUGAUCAUGUUGAAAACGUGGUUCAACCGCCAGAGAGAAGGUAAAAGCUGUGCUCCUGGUGGUUCGACAUCGACUGUUCUGACCGGCGAUCAAAAUCAAGACAUGCUCGAUGCUGCGAACGGUGAAUCUCACCGCCAAAACGGUAAAGCGGAAACCGCACAACCGUCUUUUAGCCCAGCAAACACCCCCCUCCAACUUCUGAGCGAGGUCGCCACGGGUGACUCUCAAGCUCGCGCUCGUGCCGGUUCUGCCACCCAAUACCCUACGACUAACGAAUGGCAACAACCAUAUCCUGCUUCGGGAUACGACAUGAAUUCUGGCAUGUCUCUACAGCAGGGCUUCUCGAAUCUAGGUAACAUAGACCCUAGUCUCGGUAUGGAUUUGGGUUAUACGAUGGGCGGCGGGUUCGAGCAGGCGAUUGGGAUGAGUCUUGGAGUUGGUGAUCUGGGUGGGUUCUAUUAUGAUAAUGCUUUCUUUGGGAAUCCAAUGGGAACAACCGGAGAUGGUUUCUAA